UUCGGUCAGUCGUCAGCGGCGUCUUGCGCGCACUGCGAUGGGCGGACGGUGGAACGAGGUCAAAAAACACACCUCGGCUUUUCACCACCGAAUGGACGUGGGCCUCCGGUUCACAAACGCAUUUUUCUAGUCCUCUCCGACCGUUCUUUAAGGAUUUAAUACCGCGGACUCGAAAGGGACGCUUCCACAGUCCGCAGCGACAUUUUCUUGCUCAUUUUUCCCCGUCAGCAAAGACAGAGCGCGCGUCCUGCUCGCGACCAGAAUGACUGCCUGAUCGGAUCCGUACCAUCGCUCGCGACGCCGCCUCGCGCUGCUCAUUGGCCCUUGGGCGCGCCCCGCCAUGGUAGAUUCGAGUACCAUGAGGAAGACCACUGUGGUCCCGGACAUCAAACCGCUGGAGCUGUACGACUUUAGCCGGGCGAAGAUCCGCGCGAGUCUGGGCUGGAUCCUGGGAAAGACGUUCGGCACUGCAGAGAAUGUGCCCGUAGAGCUGCGGGACCCUUUCUACUGUGACCAGUAUGAGCAGGAGCACAUCAAGCCUCCUGUCACGCACUUGCUGCUGUCCUCUGAGCUCUACUCCCGUGCCUACGGCCUGCUCCUGGGGAGCAGGGUAGGGGCUGCAGCGCCCCCUAGAGACAACGCUGCCCUCCUUCAGCUCCUCGCCAACAAGGGUACUGCCCCGAAGGACCAGGGUGCCCUGGUGACUGAGAGUGACCUCCGUAUGAAGCCCAUUAAAAUGAGUGCCCACCUGGCGGUAAUUGACUCGCUGAUGGUGGUGAGUGCCAUGGAGACGGUGAGCGCAGCGCAGCUGCAGAGUGGACCAGAACAACUAGGGGGUGGAGCCAGCUGGGAGAAAGCACUGUUCUACUGGGUCAAUCUGCUGAACCAGAAGCUAAGAGAGAGCACUGAAGGAGAAUUGACCCAGGGACCUCAGUCCAGCCCAGAUUCACAGUCUGUUCAGCCUGUUAAUCGUUACAGGAAGGAUAAAAUGGUGCCCAGGCACCCACCAGUGUUCCCCGUGGUCACUAGCGUCAAGGAUCUCUCCAGUGGUUGCGUGCUUGCUGCAGUCAUCCACUUCUACUGCCCUAACCUCCUGCGUCUGGAAGAUGUAUGCUGGAAGGACACCAUGUCAGCAGCGGACAGCUUAUACAACCUGCAGCUGAUCCGAGACUUCUGCGAUGGCUGCCUUAAGAGCUGCUGCUCCCUAGCACUGGAGGACUUCCUCUACUCCCCACCAGUGCUAAAGCUGAACAUCAUGAGCUUUCUGGCGGAGCUGCUGAAUUGGUUUGAGGUUCAGAAGCCAGAUUUUGUCCACCCGCUGGAGGCACUGAAUCUGGAAGAUUCUUCAGCAUGGAAUGACUACUUAAUCCAGAACAGUGGGAAUGGCAACGGUGCCUCGCCUUCUGUUUUCAAGCAGCCCUUUCUGCCCAUCUCCUCUGCCGUCACUCCAGGAUCUCUCACUCAGUCUGCCUCAAUGUCUCAUGUAGAAGGAGUUGGACGGACAUGGACCAAGAAACCAUUCAGUCGUCCCUUAUCCUCAGCCGUGUCCUUCAGCAUUCCUUUUGGUCUGGACAGCGAUGUCGAAGUUGUGAUGGGGAACCCCGUGAAUCCCAUCACACGCUCUGUGAGUUCCGACAGCCUAAACCCCAUGGGCCAGGCUAUGACACGCGCUCCCUAUACCCCCCCAGAGGACCUCAGCCACCUUGUCAGCCAAUUGCCAGGCCCCGGUGGUGCUCCAGCCUCAAACCGUGCCUCCUGGGCCACACAGGUGUGCCCCACCCCACUACGGAUGGAGCAAAGCAGACCUGUGGAGAAUGGGCUUGGGGAGGGCACGGAUCUCCCCACCAUAGAAGAGGCUUUGCAGAUCAUCCACAAUGAAAGCAAGCUGGAACCCCGUCUGCAUCCGGAAGGGGCCCCUGAUGGCUUCUACCUGCACUCGCCUGAUGACUCCACCAGCAUCAGGCACAAUGGGACCCCUGCCCCCCUGAGCUCCUCUGCCCCACCUCGCUCUGGCAUGAUGUACAGAGUGGGAGAGGAGCGUGAGCCUAGCCGACGACGGAAUAGGCGUACCUCUGAGGGGUCUCGGGACGACGACUCUGUGCUGCGUGAUGGUAGUGUGGACUCUGAUGCCUCUGAAGACCUCCCCAAGUCCCAGAGCACACCAACGGCUCCUGUGGCUGCCUCCACCCCAACUGAUCGCCCACCUGCAACCCGGGGAGAAGAUCUCCUCGACAGCGGUGUAAAAAUGACCAGCUUUGCCGAGCGCAAGAAGAAGCUUGCCUCAGACCUGACCACAAAUGAAGUUCCUCUACCUCAGAUGACUUGGACUCAGAAGUCAGAGGAGAGCCCCAGCAAGAGCCCUGCACUCAACACAGAAAUGUCGGAGUUGGGAGCACGACUGGAGGAAAAGCGCAGAGCCAUUGAGGCGCAGAAGAAGCGCAUUGAGGCCAUCUUUGCAAAGCACCGGCAGCGCUUGGGCAAGAGCGCCUUCCUGCAGCUGAAGAGGGAACAGCAACAGGGCGAGCCGGGUGAGGAGAGUGAGGUCAUUGCUUCUUCUGCUGCGGAUGAUCUGAGCCGGCACACCCCUGAGGAAAGGCUGACGCAUGUUGAUGAUGAAGAGCAGCGCCUCUUGGUGGAGGAGACUGGGAAGAGCAAUGCUGUUCCCGUGCUGGAAAAGCAGGUGACGUUCUCUAAGGAGCCGGCACAAGGUGAUAGAGGUGGGCCAGCUCCGUUAGGCGACUACAACUAUGCCGUGUCCAAGUUGAGUGCAGCACUCAGCUCCCUGCAGACAGACAUGCAACGACUGUCCGAACAGCAGAACCAACUGAUGCGCAAGAAGGCAGCAGCCUCCACUCAGGCCUGGGUUAUCCCAGCUGGCCCAAAGCCUGUCGGUUCCCCUGCCCCCCGUUUCACCCGUGAGCACACCCGCGAGCCACCAUCCGCAGCCUCAUCCGCUUCACCCUCUCCCUCCCCCUCACGCAAGGUCGCGCCCCCAAAAUCCCCACAGGUGUCCCACCGCAGAGCCCAGUCUGCACCGCCAAAGAGCCCCAAGCAACACCACCAGACCCGCCCACUGGAGCUCAAGUUCCCCCCUCUCACCCGUGUUCUCACCCCACCACAGAAUGUGGACACCUUGCCUCAUUUGCGCCGGGUUUCGCCCCGGCAGUGCCAGGUACAGACCUCUUCCUCUUUCAGCCUUGGGAGUCAGAUCCAAGACCCUUUUCCCCGGCCAAUCGAGGACAAUUCCUCCGAGUCAGGCUCUGUUGAUGACCACACCAUGUUCAGCCUGGACAUGGAGGGAGGCCUCGGAGCAAGAAGUGACCGUGGUGCCGGGGGCAGCGGAUCUGGGGCCCCCUCUGAAUGUUCCUUCGAGAGUGACAUACCGGCAGCCUUAAGUGGGAAGCGGAGCAGUCUGAUCGAGAUCCCCCUGUCAUCUCUGAGGAGUGAGGAAGCAGACGAUGGCACUGACGCCUUCUCUGACUCCAUGAGUGACCAAACGGAGCCUGAGAUGAAGAGCGGUGUUGGAUUCUUCUUCAAGGAGGACGAAUCUCGGCCCGAAGAUGAAAUGGAAAAAAGAAGAGCGGCGCUCCUUGAAAAGCAGCAGAAGAGAACAGAAGAAAUGAAGAGGCGGAGACAAGAGCAAGAGAGGGAGAGGGAGGCCAGAAUGGCCAACUUGGAGGAGCCCCGAGCACAGGGGCUUGGGGAGCGCCCUCAGACCCCAUGUACCCCUCCUCCCACCAGGACCCCGCCCCCGGAGGGCACCCCGCAACGUCGAGGGGACUUUACUCGACAGGAGUAUGAGCGGCGGAUGCAGCUGAAGAUCAUGGAGGAUCUAGACAAGGUUCUGCGGCAGAAGCCCACAACUGUGCGCGGAGUCAAGAAGCAAAGGCCCAAAACUGUGUUCCGAGAUGAUUCUGUUCUCUCCCGGAGUCCCGCCAAGGGCUUUGCUGGCUCCAGGCUCAACAAAGUCUACUCACACUCAACCCUCAGCUUGUCCACCAUGGCCAAUGACACUGGCAACAGUGGGUCGCUUGCUGUCAGGAAAUCUCCGAGCCGAUCUCAUUCACCUUCAAGACUGAUGUCACCAGGGCGCUUGGCUAGUCAGAAUGGAGAGAAGGACUGGGAGAACGCUUCAACUAUUUCCUCCCCAGCCUCAGUCCCUGAAUACACAGGGCCCAAACUAUACAAAGAGCCCAGUUUCAAGUCCAACAAGUUCAUCAUUCACAAUGCUAUUUCUCGCUGCUGCCUGGCUGGAAAAGUCAACGAGCCGCAGAAGAACAAGAUGGUAGAGGAGAUGGAGAAGAGUACGGCAAACCACUUCCUGAUCCUCUUCCGGGACUCCAGCUGCCAGUUCCGGGCGGUCUACACCAUGAAUCCUGAGACAGAAGAGCUGGUGCGCCUAGCGGGCACGGGCCCGCGGGUGGUGAGCUGCUCAUUGGUGGAGUCCAUGUACAAGUACAGCUCAGACCGCAAGCAGUUCACCCCCAUCCCAUCCAAGACAAUGUCUAUGAGCGUGGACGCCUUCACCAUCCCUGCCUACCUAUGGCAGAACAAGAAGCCAGGAACACCCAAAAAGCCCAGCACCCCCAAAUAA